UGGGAAUAUUACUCCAACAAACCUAAAUGACUAUUGUUUAACCAUCAACAAUUGGAAUCACGAUGCCUUGACCAUUUUUUGCACAAUAUCAAGUUAUGAAGCUACAUUGACAGCUAAAAUGGGCGCCUGGAAAACGAGAACAACGAUACAUUGCGGUCUAUGUAAACUAUCUCAAGUAAUACCAGAAACAGUUUCUUCAUCGACGUACAUGACUCAUUAUAUAUACAAAACCAUUCAGGAAAUUGUUAAACUGAUCAGCUUCUACCAGCGGGGAAAAUCUUCUUCCACUUACAAAAUUAGUGGAUUGGACAUCGUUCACUUGAUUUAACAAGUCACCUAAGGCAGGGUAUCAGUGGGCAUUUUCAAAUGACUGCCACUUUAUCAUUUUCAACGUCUCUGCAGCGUUUUAGAGUUUUAACGGUCGCAGUAUUGGUAAGAUCAACUUUCAGGAUGUUAGCGAGCGUAAGUCAUGACCAGAACCACAAGGAACCACAUUUGAAAGGAUUGUCCAUCGAUGUUUUUAAAGCAGCUGUUGCAGUUCUGCCCAACCGCUUCACUUACAAACUGGUCCCGUUUCAUGGCACUUGUGAUCAAUUGGUGGAGAAAGUUGCUCUCAAGACAUUUCAUGCAGCUCUCGGUGGAAUAGUAAUUACAGCAGAAAGGUCUCAUCAUGUAGAAUUCUCGCAGCCCUAUGCUGAACUUCAAUUGGUGAUGGUGGUAAAGAAAAAAACCAAUGAAUUGAAGGAUAUUUUGUGGUUCAUGAGCCCCUUUACUCGAGAAAUGUGGCUUAUAAUGUCAGCUAUGACUAUCUUCACUGGUUUUGCUAUCUGCUUAAUUGAACAUAGAGACCGCAACGAAAUGCCUUCUAGACAAGUUGGAGCUGUCAUCUGCUUCCCUGUAGCUUUCCUGCUCAACGAGCACAGUAAGAAUAUGAUCAUACAUACUUAUCUGCAUCAGCUUCAUAAAUAACUAAUCGAGCAUAUUAUACUUGAAGUUGGAAGUUGGAACUCUAAUAAAAUAGUACAAUGACAUCAUUAAUA